GUAAACUCGUCAUAAGAUAACCAAAACCCUAUUAACACUGUGCGCGGAUAAAAGAGCGUCAGAAACCCUUACUUCGCUUCUCUGUGCCGCCUUGUUGCUGCUGCUGCUGAGACGACAAUAGCGAAGAGGCUCCGUCUUUUCUCCUACCGUCCAAAAUGUCGUUGGUGGCGAACGAGGAUUUUCAGCACAUAUUGCGCGUGCUGAACACAAACGUUGAUGGGAAGCAGAAGAUAAUGUUCGCUCUGACCUCAAUCAAAGGUAUUGGGAGGCGAUUUGCAAACAUUGUCUGCAAGAAGGCCGAUGUGGACAUGAACAAGAGGGCUGGUGAACUUACUCCUGCCGAGCUGGACAAUCUAAUGGUGGUUGUUGCUAAUCCUCGACAAUUCAAAAUCCCGGACUGGUUUUUGAAUAGGCAGAAGGAUUACAAGGAUGGGAAAUAUUCUCAGGUUGUGUCCAAUGCCCUGGAUAUGAAAUUGAGAGAUGAUUUGGAACGGUUGAAGAAGAUCAGGAACCACCGUGGUCUGAGGCACUACUGGGGUCUCCGUGUCCGUGGUCAGCACACCAAGACCACUGGUCGCAGAGGGAAGACUGUUGGUGUCUCAAAGAAGCGUUGAGAUAUUAAUCUUUUACUGGCAAUGCUAGUCCUACAUUAGUGGAUUGUUUUUGCAUCAGACAGUUUUGAAAUUGUGAACUCUUCUUAUUACCCGUAUCGUUCAAUUGCUUAGAUUUGGCUUUGUCUAUGAAUUAUUUGCAUUUCAAUUGCAUGUCUGGAAUUCGGCUGUGUUUCUUAAUGUUCUUAUGGCAUUUACGUACUAAACGGCUAGCUGCUGAACACUGAUCUACUUAAAUGCAUCUAGAGGAUUGAUUGUAAGGUCUCAUGAAUGAGAGACCUUAAGAA